AUGCACGUCCACGCCACGGCCACCACGGUGGGUCGUGGCGUGGUGGAUGCGAACCGUCGUCAUUGGCGCUGCACCGCCGUCUGGGACGCCUUCGACCACAUGCGUAGUGCGAAGUCGCGGACGCGGAUGCGCGACGCCCUCGAGGGCGCCAAUAUUGCUAGGGAGGACACAGGUCCCUGUGGCGGCUUCAACAGUCGCUUGGAGUACCGCCUCCAGCUGAAAAUGGAAAUGUCACAGAAGAACAUGGUGGCUCGCACAUUCCAGGCGACGUCGGAAUGGCGAACGCUCACCUUGGGCGCUGCCAUCCAGCCAUGGAUCGAUCGGGUCUCCUCGGAAGGCCUCGACGAAGCCUCGGAGGAGCUCGGCCUGGGACUCCAUCAUCUCAGGGCUUUCCGUUGGAGGCUGCUGCGGCGCUUCGUGGGGCCGCCAGAGGCCUUCGCUCAAACUGUGGACAAUCCUUUGGAGCCCAUGUCCUUCGACCUCUUCUGCAGACUCUGCCGACAGAUCGGAUUCGACUUGGAUCUUGCCAGUACUGUUUGGCAGCUUUCCUGCAGUCUUCUUGGCCUGCCUGAUGAUGAGGACAGUGGCAUCCUGUACAAGCACGACUUCGUGCGUGCCAUGGCUUUUGCAACGCCGAUCAAGAGCCUCCGAGCGCUACGCUCGCGGUUAGAGCUCCGCUAUGGCUCCGUGGCGGAGGCCUUCGACGAAGCGGAGAUUCGGUAUUUGGAUAUCAUCUCCUUCAUCGACAUGCUUAGCUCUGUGGGUGCCACCCCAGCAGAGGCUGUGGCGGCUGGUGAUGAGAAUUACAAGUAA